CGCGUUCUAUCAAUUAGAACGCAGAUCCUCCGCCCAGGCUGCUGGCUGACCAGCAGUACUCACUGCGCAUGCGCGUGUCACCCAGCGGUUUUGGCGCCCUGUUUUGCUGCCAGUCGCUGGGGGAACGCGCGGGAUUUCAAACUCUCAGUGUCUGAGUGGCGAAGCGGCAACAUGAGUCUGUGGGUUGAUAAAUACCGGCCGACCUCCAUCUCCAAGCUGGACUACCAUAAAGAGCAGGCGGCAGAACUCCGUAACCUGGUGAGGGACAGACAGACAACCUGUAUAUAUAAUAUAUUAUCAUAGGGAGGGAGGGAGGGACAGACACAGACACACACAGACACACACAGACACACACAGACACACACAGACACACACAGACACACACAGACACAGACAGACACAGACAGACACAGACAGACAGACACAAACAGACCAACCACCUGUAUAUAUAAUAUAUUAUCAUAGGGAGGGAGGGACAGACAGACAGAAACAGACAGACAGACAGACAGAAACAGACAGACAGACAGAAACAGACAGACAGACAGAAACAGACAGACAGACAGAAACAGACAGACAGACAGAAACAGACACAGACACACAGACAGACAGACACAGACAGAAACAGACACAGACAGAAACAGACACAGACAGAAACAGACACAGACAGAAACAGACACAGACAGAAACAGACACAGACAGAAACAGACACAGACAGAAACAGACACAGACAGAAACAGACACAGACACACAGACAGAAACAGACACAGACAGAAACAGACACAGACAGAAACAGACACAGACAGAAACAGACACAGACAGAAACAGAAACAGACACAGACAGACAGACACAGACAGACAGACCAACCACCUGUAUAUAUAAUAUAUUAUUAUCAUAGGGAGGGAGGGACAGACAGACCACCUGUAUAUAUUAUUAUUGCCAUUUAUAGCGCCAACAGAUUCUGUAGCGCGUUACAAUAUUAUGAGAGGGGGGAUGUAACAAUAAAUAGGACAAUUAGAAGAAAACUUAGAGGAACGAUAGGUUGAAGAGGACCCUGCUCAAACGAGCUUACAGUCUAUAGGAGGUGGGGUAUUAGAAACAUUAGGAAAGGAAAUAUCAAGUAGGAGUGAAGCAGAGCUGGAGGAGAGAGCAAAGCACUGUCCCAUAGGAGAGAGCAGGAGACAGGUAUGUAAGGUAGAGAUUACUCUGGGAGGCCAUAAGCUUUCCUGAAGAGAUGGGUUUUAAGGCCCUUCUUAAAUGAUUGAAGACUAGGGGAGAGUCUGAUGGCGGUAGGCAGGCUAUUCCAUGGAAAAGGAGCCGCCCGCGAGAGGUCCUGCAAGCGCGAGUUGGCCGUACGGGUGCGAGCAGCGGUCAGGAGGUGGUCACGGGCAGAGCGGAGGGUAUGAGGAGGGGCAUAUCUAUGGAUUAGUGAAGAGAUAUAAGAGAGGCUAGAAUUGUUCAGUGCUUUAAAUGUAUGGGUUAGCACUUUAAAUUGACUCCUAUAGCAUACAGGGAGCCAAUGUAAGGACUGGCAGAGGGGUGAGGUGUGAGAGGACCGACUAGAGAGUAAAAUCAGUCUAGCUGCAGCAUUCAUUACAGACUGUAGCGGGGCAAUACGGCUUUUGGGGAGACCAAUCAGGAGAGGGUUACAGUAAUCCAUGCGCGAAAUUACUAGAGCAUGGACAAGCUCCUUGGUAGCAUCUUUUGAAAGAAAUGGGCGGAUGCGGCUAUGUUUUUGAGUUGGAACCUACAGGACUUGGCAACAAACUGGAUGUGAGACUCAAAGGUGAGACCAGAGUCAAGUAUGACCCCAAGACAGCGUGCUUGCAGGGAUGGACUUAUGUGGAUAUCACUGAAUUGAAGGGAGAGCGAGAGAGGAGGAUCAGUAUUAGGAGGAGGAAAGACAAGGAGUUCAGUUUUAGAGAGGUUAAGUUUCAGAAAGUGUGAGGACAUCCAGUCGGAGAUGGAAGAAAGGCAAGCAGUGACACGUUGCAGGACGGCAGGGAGAGGUCCGGGGAGGAGAGGUAUAUCUGAGUGUCAUCAGCGUACAGGUGGUAGUGGAAUCCAAAAGAGGCAAUAAGUUUACCAAGAGAAGCAGAAUAAAAAGAAAAUAGAAGGGGACCAAGGACAGACCCUUGGAGAACUUCAACCGAGACGAGGGGAGGAGGUAUCCUUGGAAAAGGAGACACUGAAUGAGCGUUGGGAGAGAUAGGAGGAAAACCAAGAGAGGACAGUCACAGAGACCGAGCGAUUGAAGAGUUUGAAGGAGGAGAGCAUGAUCAACAGUGUCAAAGGCAGCAGAGAGGUCAAGGAGAAUUAAUAUGGAGUAGUGACCUUUGGAUUUAGCGGAGAUUAGGUCAUUAGUCACUUUGAUAAGAGCAGUCUCAGUAGAGUGGAGAGGGCGGAAGCCAGACUGAAGAGGGUCAAGGAGAGAGUUGGAAUUAAGGAAGCGAGACACACGGGUAAAGACAAGUCUUUCCAAAAGCUUUGAUGAGAAAGGGAGCAGGUAUAUGGGACGAUAGUUAGAAGGGGAGGAUGGGUCAAGAGAUGUUUUUUUUUCAGGAUAGGUAUUACAGUGGCAUGUUUAAGGUCAGCAGGAACAGUGCCAGAAGAGAGAGAGCAGUUCAAGAUGUGUGUUAGGGUAGGCAGCAGACAAGGGGAGAGAGAUCUGAUGAGGUGAGAUGGGACAGGAUCGAGCGGGCAAGUGGUGGGGCGAGAGGAAUGGAGAAGCGCAGUCACCUCUUGUUCAGUAGCCGGAUAGAAAGUCUGGAGGGUAGGGAAAACAGACAACCUGUGUAUAUAUAAUAUAUUAUCAUGGUGAGGGAGGGACAGACAGACAACCUGUAUAUAUAUUAUUAUCAUGGUGAGGGAGGGACAGACAGACAACUUGUGUAUAUAAUAUAUUAUCAUGGUGAGGGAGGGACAGACAGACAACUUGUGUAUAUAUAAUAUAUUAUCAUGGUGAGGGAGGGACAGACAGACAACCUGUAUAUAUAAUAUAUUAUCAUGGUGAGGGAGGGACAGACAGACCACCUGUAUAUAUAAUAUAUUAUCGUGGUGAGGGAGGGACAGACAGACAACUUGUGUAUAUAUAAUAUAUUAUCAUGGUGAGGGAGGGACAGACAGACCACCUGUAUAUAUAAUAUAUUAUCAUGGUGAGGGAGGGACAGACAGACCACCUGUAUAUAUAAUAUAUUAUCGUGGUGAGGGACAGACAGACUGACAACCUGUAUAUAUAAUAUAUUAUCAUGGUGAGGGACAGACAGACUGACAACCUGUAUAUAUAAUAUAUUAUUAUCAUGGUGAGGGACAGACAAACAGAUAUCCCUUUAAUUCUCGCUUUAGUAAAUAACCCUGUUAGUGUUGAUCCUGAGUAUUGGUACUUUAUUUCUAAAAAUACAAGGCAUGUUCAUGGCCACAAAAAAAGUCAAGUGAAAAAAAUGGAUACAUUGCAUAAAAACAUCUGAUGUGUUACAUAGAAUAUAUUCAUUUUCUGCAUAAGUUAAAUGACCAUGAUGUUUUGGUUCUACUCCUUUUUAUGUGUAAAAGUAAUGGAAUACUAUAGUGUCAGGAAUACAAUGUAUUGCUGACACUAUAGUGUUAAACUAUUAAAGUUAGUGCUCCCCUCCGAUUGCAUGGGAAAGGUGUUUGGUGUUUUUACUCACCUUUUCACGCUCAUCGCUGGUCUGCCCACGACUGGCGCUGCCGCCUUGGCAGAGAUCAUCAAUAUUAAUAAUCUCAGCCAGUCCAAUGUUUUCCCAUAGGAAAGCAUUUUGAGGCUCUUAUGCAUGUUCAGCAAAAUACCAUCAAUCAGCAUAUCCUCCUAGAGAUAGAUGCAUUGAAUCAAUAGGGAGCUCUAAACAUAUGUGCUGCACAGUGUGCACCUCAAGUGGCUGGCUGACUUCUCGAGGUGUUCCCAGGCAGAAAUGUAAACACUGCCUAUUCUCUGAAAAGACUGUUUUUACAUUGAAAAGUAUCAGGGGCAGGCUAUAGUCACCAGAUUUACUACAUUAAGCUGUAGUGUCCCUUUAAGAUCUGUUAUGUAUGUUGUUGGAAAUAAAGCUUUGUUGGUUUAAAAAAAAAAACUGGCUCCUAACUUUUUCUUUUUAGCUGUCUUCAAGAUUCAAAUCAAGUAUGUCAAGCCCUGGUCUAAGGCAAAGCAAAGGUGUUUUGUUUUUUGUUUUUUUACAGUAGGAACAAUAAAGAUGUGGAACUCUGUCUGAAUUUGUGGUUCUGUCAAAGUCUGUACAUAUGUUCAAACAGCAAUUGGAUGAAUACUUGCUAAAACAUAAUAUUCAGGGACAUAAUUUUUAAUUUGUGGGAUAAUGGCUUCUUGAUCCAAGGAGAGAUCAGACUGCCAUUCUAGGGUCAAGAUGGAAUUUUUUCCUAGUUUUUUGCAAAAUUGGAAGCUCUUCAGACUAGGUUUUUUGACUUCUUUAGGAUCAACGGCAAAAACAGAUUUGAGGCUAAACUUGAUGGACCCAUGUCUCUUUUCAGUAUGUAUCUGUGUGUGGGAAUGUGUAAUAGUAGGAAUGCUCAUCUGUAUGCACAUGUAUCUGUGUAUGGGUGAAUGUGCAAUGGGAGGCAUGAGGUCAAUGUUUUUGCAAGGGGCCCUAAGAGUUCUGAUGGCAACGCUGAUUGGCAGAGUGUACCUGACACAGAAGCAGUAGGGCAGCUUUAGUACCCUGGGCAGGGGUGAUUGUAAGACCCAUGGUUUUAGUAAAAAAUUCUUGGUUUCACACAGUGGCAUGUGAGCUGUAGUGGUUAUGGUGCUUUGGGUGCCCAUUUAAGGCCAUAUUAUCAAAACAAAAACAGGUACCUUAUGUACCUUUUAUGAUAUGUUAGAUCUUAUCUAAUUUUAAGCUUAUCUCUAACUUGGUUAAAUAGGGUAACAUUGAGUAACCUAUAAGCACUCUAUAUUGCUGGUGUGUCCCUUUUCAAAGCUAUUAUUUAUUUUUAUUUAUUUUUUAUUGGGUUUUUAAUACAUAAAUGACACUGCACACUGCAUUAAUAGGAUGUAUUCACUAAACUGGAAUCUAAGGAUAACUGAAAAGAGAAUUAGACAUUUUAAUUUCAUAACACAGCUCUAAGUAAAUAAAUGCAUAUGUUACCUGCAGGUACAUUGUGGCGAUUUCCCACAUCUUCUAGUGUUUGGACCAUCUGGUGCAGGAAAGAAGACACGUAUUAUGUGUUUGUUACGAGAGCUGUAUGGAGCUGGUGUUGAAAAACUGCGUAUUGAACAUCAGACUAUAACGGUAACUAUAAUAUGUGACGUUUGCACGAGACAGAACUUUGGCAAAUCUCCAUUUUAAUAUAAUGGUUAUGGUACACAUAUGUUCUUCCUUUUAUCAGACAAUGCAAACUGUUACUGUUUAGUAGGAAACAAUGUUUACAUUUUGUGAAAACAUGUCUCUAGUGCAGUGAUUAGCAACUAUAGCUUGCGGGCCUCUGCAAAUUUUUAGGCCACAAAUGCUCACAAAAACAAAUCAUAGACAUCUGGGGGGAGGACAAAAUCUUUUGGAGGCAGGUGUCUGCUCUGCCCAUGUAUAGUGAUGUGAGUGUGUAGAGGGCAAUAGAGCUAUGUACUUAAUGUGCUCAGGUGACUUGCAUGCCCUGUAGUGGUGAGGCACCUGAUUGUAUGUGCCUCGUAUUUUUAUGUUGGUGAAUAGAAAUAAGAGUUUAUGAUUUGUGGCCUGGUAGCAAAAUUAUAAUAAAAAUGUAAAUUUGAAAUGAGACGAUCUUCAAUGACUUUGGGAUUUAGUAUCUCUUAAGAGCUGUCUACUGAUAAAUUGACCAGCAUUUUAAUUUUUUUAUUACAUGCUUUCAUUUUAACAGACACCUUCAAAGAAGAAAAUUGAAAUCAGUACUAUUGCAAGUAAUUACCAUCUGGAAGUUAACCCAAGGUAUGACUCCAUAAUGUUGGCAUUUGUCUUUCUUGCUCCCUAAUUUGUAUUACUGAGCCUAUUAUGUUAAAACCACCACCUGUUUACGGCAAAAAAACCUGAAGGGAAUGAUUCUAUUUACCAGAACAAAUACAAUAAGCUGUAGUUGUUCAGGUGAAUAUAGUGUCCCUUUAAGUGCAACUUUAGAGGACCACUCUAAGCACCAUAACAGCUUCAUUGCAAUGAAGUUUUUAUGGUGGAAGGAGGUCCAGGGUUCGGUCUUACCUGAAGGGUAAACCCCAAAGUGGGCAAGCCUGUGCAGCUAAGUGCGAUAGGCUGAGUGUCACUAAAAGGCUGAAGGUUUCAGCUGACUCUCUCAGCUUAUCACUAACUCCCCACUGAGAAAAAGGUAUGUUAUCUUUUUCAGUUCCCUUUCUCAGUGAAGAACUACUGAUAGACUUAGAGUGUCCAUGGCUUGCAGACUUUGGCGUUAAACCAUUUGUUAAUGGUAAGACAGCUCCCAGGAACGCCUCCCACCAUAACAACUUAAUUGCGAUUAAGUUGUUAUUGUGCCAAGUGUGUGUGACACUCUUCACACACCAGGAUGAGACUUCAAUCCAAGACUUCACACACCAGGAUGAGACUUAAAUCCGGAAGUCCAGAAAGACUCAGAGGAUAAGUAGUUUAUCCCAGAGAGCAAAUAUUUUUGCUGGUGUUUGUGUGGCCUGACCAAGCAACGUUUCCACCAUCAGUUAAUGUUACACUUUGGUGUCAAAUGUUCCUGGAUUCACUCUAGUAAAAUAAAACUUUCUUGGUACACUGCAAACUAAAAAUGACAGACCAAAAAGGUUCACAAUGCACAAACUAUAGGACUAAAUUGAGUCAGGCAAUCUGGAUCUAGAAGUUUUCUGGGCUAUGUGAUUGACAGCCUAUUGGGCUGUCUUACAGCAGCAGUAUCUUUUGGGGUGGGGCGCUGUUUAUACAAAUCGCUGCAGCUAAAACCAUUCUCAGAAUAAUUGGCUCAGAAUGCCUAUGGUGCUUAGACUAAUCCUUUAAUAAUGACCCAAAAGUAAAUUGAUUGGUGAAGGGAUUCUUAACAACAUACCAACUUGGGCUAGUCCCAAGCUUCUUUUUAUUCUGUUUACAGUUUAGUAGCAACUUGUACUGAUUAGAAUAUUCUACAUAAGCACACUUGUAUUUGGAGAUUUCCUCUAAAGGCCUCUACUUACACAAUCUGCUCCUAGGGGUUAGCUCAAUAUACAUAAUGCAAUCUGUCCGUAACAGGAGAGACUAGCAUAAUUUAAAAAGAAAUACAAACCAUAGCAAAAUGUUAGCAUUAUUUAAGUAGUGCAGAACAAAAACCUUUUGACAGUUUCCCUUUAAGGCUUUAUGCUCAUCUGAUUCUUGAGCACAUGAUGCAGGAUAUUCUCUAAUGCUAUCACAACUGACAGCACUAUCAACAGUGUUCAGGCAGGCAGACAGUCAAAGGUAUAUCUAAUGGGAGAUACAGAGCAUCUGAGAUCAGCCUUUGAAAGGCGGGUGAAUCUUUAGAUGCCGAACAGAAUAUCCUGGAUAUUUUAUCUCUCACCCUUGGAAAUUGACAAGGAAAACCUAGACGUGUUAAAUUACUCCACCGGUCUUGUAAUAUGUGCUAAUGUUUGUGCUUACCUUUAAUAUUUCAUUUAAAAACUGUGCUGUGGAUGUGUCCCCAAUAACUGCACGUUUCAUUAAAAAAAAAAAAAAAAAAAAUUGUGAUUCUUAACUUUUAUUUUGGUUAGGGGUUUGUUACAUUUAAAUGCAUGGUGCUAGCCUGGUGACACAACUUUCUAUGAUAGAAUGAGCCCAGUGGCAAUUUCUUGGAUUGUAGUAUAAGAAUUCUAUAUUUUAUUUAUGUAAAACAUCAGUAUAAUCCAGGGUUAAACACUAAAGUGAUAACUAGGGAUCGACCGAUUAUCGGUCUGGCCGAUAUUAUCGGCCGAUAUUUGGUAUUUUCGGCAAUAUCGGUAUCGGCCAAUUCAGAUACCGAUAUUGCCGAUAAUAUAUAACAGGAGCGCCGGGCCCAUUACAAGCCCGGCGGUCCUGUGGGGGCCAGCAGCAAGCGCUGACUUACCUUGCAUGCAGCUCCUACAGCUCUCUGUGUAAAUCUCGCGAGACCCGCGGCCGCAGAGCGUUGCCACGGGUUACCAUGGCAACGCUCCGCGCGGCACUAAGAGCCGCGAGAUUUACAUAGGGAGCUGGAGGAGCUGCUUGCAAGGUAAGUCAGCGCUUGCUGCUGCUGAGCCACCACUGUACUUAACAAGCCACUGGACCACCAGGGGAUACUAUAUCCCCCUCCCUGGUAAGAAGCAGGGAGGGGGGACUAAACAAAAAACAAAAAAAAAACAUUUAAAUAUUAAAAUAUUAAAAUAAAUUACACAAAUUACAUCACUACACACACACACACACACACACUGCACACAUACUGCAUUACAUACACACUACACAAACACACACUACACAAACACACACUGGGGGGGGACUAAACAAAAAAAAUAUUAAAAUAUUAAAAAAAAUAUUAAAAUAAAAAAUUACACAAAUUACAUCACUACACAAACACACACACACUACACAUACACACACACUGCAUUACAUACACACUACACAGGCACACACACUGCAUUACAUACACACACUACACAGACAGACACUACACACACACCACAAACACACACUGCACACAUACUGCAUUACAGACACACACUGCACACACUACACUGCACACACACUGCAUUACAUACACACUACACAAACACAGUACACAUACUGCAUUACAUACACACACUACACAGGCACACACACUGCAUUACAUACACACUACACAAACACACUGCACACAUACUGCAUUACAGACACACACUGCACACACUACACUGCACACACUACACUGCACACACACUGCAUUACAUACACACUACACAAACACAGUACACAUACUGCAUUACAUACACACUACACAGACACACACACUGCAUACAUACACACUACACACACUACACAAACACACACUGCAUUACAUACAUACACACUACACAAACACACACACACUGCAUUACAUACACACACAAAAACACACUGCAUUAUACACACACACUACAUAAACACACUGCAUUAUAUACACACUACACACACUGCAUUAUAUACACACACUCUGCAUCCACUACACACACACACACACUACACAAACACACACAGUUCCCCUGUCUAAACACACUUCAUCCACUACAUGUGGCAUGUAUAUUUUGUGCAUUUACAUUUCGAAUUAGUUUAUUUAUUCAAAAUAGUAAAUGUACAGAAUAUCGGCAAGAUAUCGGCUAUCGGCCUGAAAGUUCGCAGAUUAUCGGUAUCGGUAUCGGCUCUAAAAAAUCAAUAUCGGUCGAUCCUUAGUGAUAACUUUAGAGUAAAUUUAAGGCCAGUGUAGCUGAACUGGAACUAUCUACGACUUAGAGAGGUUUUCCAGUUCAGCUAUUUUUACCUUGAAUUUGAUGUAAAUGACCCUGUUAGUGUCAUUAGUUCUCUGCUGUAAUAAGCAUUGAUACUAUUAUGAGUAUUACCUAUGUUCUGACCACCAAUAUGUGGUUAUUCCAACCCAAUUAAAUCAUUUGAGGACUAAAUUUUGAGUUCCUUAUACAUGGGUUAGGAACCACUGCAAUAGAAGUAUCUGUUGCACUAUUAAACACUUUUAACUGGAAGAGGGACAGUCACAUAAUAGUAUGUCUCUACUGUAUACCUUAUCCAGUUGGGGCGUUCUACAUGAAACUUUGUGGGCCCCUGUAUGUCUAUAAAGGCUCUAAAUAAAUGGCGAUAAUAAAUGGGGGUGGGUUUACAUGUGCGCGCACUUAUCAGAAUUAAGUAAAUAUAUGUAUAUCUCUCAUUCCUCUAGCCUAUGCAAUUAUGGCUUGAAGGGGGAGGAGGUUUUUACACUUUCUGCAAAGAUAAGCCCAUGUGAUAGAUCUUUUCGGUAAUGGAACCUGGAGGAGAUAUCCCUCACAGCAGAAUACACAACAACUAAUGGAAAAAGUCACGGCAGGGGAUUACCCCGUCACUGUCAAUAACGUGUGUACAUGUGUUAGAGGUGUACCUUUUAGACUCCGACAUAGUGUAUAAAGGUCAGCACUUGCAAAGGAAAUUAGUUGAUUGCUACCAAAUUUGUGUAAGAUGUGAAUACUGCUUUAAUUUUUUCCCUCACACACAUCUUUUGAUAUUGGUGGGUGUUUUUUUUUUUAUAUAUAUAUAUAUAUAUAUAUAAGUUGCUCUUAUUUGUAUAACAGUAAAUGUGUAGGAAUUUGGAUUAAAUUCUCAAACUGCCUAUGCUCUUAUUUGUAUAACAGUAAAUGUGUAGGAAUUUGGAUUAAAUUCUCAAACUGCCUAUAAGCCGUUUUACAUAAAGAUUUUACUUAAAUCAGUGAUAGGCAACCUUUUGCCGGCUUAAUAAUAAUGAUUAUUCAUAAAGUGGUUAUUCAUAAAGUGAGAAUUCCAAAUUAAUUUCAAAUUUCAGGACAAAGUAUCUAAACCGGUAGCAUAGAUGACUUGGAGAUUGUUUACAGUUUGGCUAUUUUUACAUUGAAUUAGAAAUUAAUUUUGAAUUCUCACUUCAAUAAAUAUCCCUGUAAUGAUUACACAGCAGUUGUCGUGUGGGGUUGCAUAUGAAUUACAACGGCACUCACUGCAUUUGCUUUUAUUUUAUUUUUAUAUAGUGAUGCUGGUAACAGUGAUCGUGUAGUAAUUCAAGAACUAUUGAAGACAGUUGCACAGUCACAGCAACUCGAGACAAGCACCCAGAGAGACUUCAAAGGUGUGCACCAAAAGACUAUUUUAUUUGCCCUGCCCAUGCUGUUUCUCUCCUUUCAAUAUUUUCUUCUUUUUUUUUUUCUAACUAGCCUCUGCUCUUACUUGCUCUCCAUGCUGAUGUUGGCCGGUAUAUGUUCCUAGUGACUGCUAUGCCACACUCUCCUUCCAUUAUGUUGCUUUCUUUCCUUCCGUUAAAGUUCACACACCCUCAGCCUCCCAUCAUACAAAUACAAUGGACUAGCGCUUUUCCUAAUUUGUACCAACAUUUAAAUGCAACAGCAGUUUGUAGUAUUUAAAUAAUGAGUAACACUAUUUCAGAAAUGGUGUGUGUAUUUGCUCAGGUUACUUAGCAACAAUGUGUGCAAAAGUGCAUAUUUAUUAUACUACAUAUUUAUUUGACCUAUGUUCUAAUUUCUAAGAGGCUCAUAACUUGAUAAGCAGCAGGUAUCGCUGAAGCCAUUUGAGUGUUACCAGUAACUUAGAAAUAAAAGACGGUAUUAUGUAAUAAGACCUGUUACUACUUCUCCAUUGUAAACAAGGUGUAAAAUUAGAAAUUAAAAAAUGCAUGUAUUACUUUUUAUUUUAUUUUUUAGUUGUCUUGUUAACGGAAGUUGAUAAACUUACAAAAGAUGCUCAACAUGCAUUGAGAAGAACAAUGGAGAAAUACAUGUCUACCUGCCGGCUUAUUUUAUGUUGCAAUUCAACAUCAAAAGUAAUUGCUCCAAUUCGAAGCAGAUGCUUGGCAGUGCGUGUCCCAGCUCCCAGCACUGAAGAGGUAUGAUUGGGUUUAUGCAUACUGGUACUCUAAAUAGUUUUUUCACAUCUGAGAGAUGCAAAAAGGCACAUGUUUAUAUAUUCCCGCAAAAUAGUUUUUGAUGCUGAAGUAUAGAUAAUUUGUGUGUGCUCCAAUGUGCAUGAUUUAAUGGAUGAAAGCAAACUAAGUGUGUAAGCAUACUGAAAAACCUAAUGGCUUACACUAUGUCUAGUCCCUGUGUAUGUAUAUAUGUGUGUGUGUGUGUGUGUAUAUAAUAUAUAUAUAUAUAUAUAUACACCCACACAUCUCUUCACACUUGCACUGUAUUGUAUGGAAGUUAUACCAUUUGCAUGUAAGACUGAAUGUAUUUUCCUCUAGGUGAAGAAACUCUUUAUAUUUGAAAGUUCAACCAACACUCAGUUUCAAAAAUGUAAAUGCUGCGAACUGUAGCUCAUAACAUUUUGAGGAUUUCUUUGUGCUGUUCUUUUUCAGAGCCUGACAUGCUUCGUCAAUGGGACAAUAUGUUCCUUAACAUCUUGUCUAAUCGGUUUAUUAUAGUCCUGUUAAUUGGAGAUAUUCUAAAUCUAUCCACAGCUUAGAGUAAUUGAUGACUUGUUUUGUGACAUUUACUAUGCAGAUUUGCACAGUAUUGUUCAGUGUUUGCAAGAAAGAAGGAUUGGUUCUUCCUCAGGAUCUCGCACGGAAAAUUGCUGAGAAAUCUGGCAGAAACCUCAGAAAAGCACUUCUAAUGUGCGAGGCUUGUAGAGUACAACAGUAAGUUGGCAGUCACAUUGUUCCCAAUUGUAUUACAGCCUGUCCUUUAAAAAAACAAAAAAAAACCUAAAGCAGAAAAAAACCACAAAGCUUGCCUCUGGAUAUUGAGUCCGUUCCCACAUGAAGCAUGCACCAAACUUUGUGUGUCUUGUGAACCUCAUAUACAUGUGAAUAUGGGGAGGUUGUGUACACAAACUUAGACUGUUUUAUUCAAUAGAAUUCUUGGAAAUAUUGCCUAUACCUACAUAAAGUUAACUCAUCCAUAUGGUUGUGAAUAGUGGGAUAUCUUUAAAAAUUGAUUUAAAAAAAAAAAAGUAGUUUAGUUUAUUUCUGAACAAUAUGUCUGGGGGAACAGUGAUCCAAGCCCCCAACCAAUGUUCCAUUAGACACGUAUUUAUUUAUUUAUUUUUUUUUGCUUUGUCUGGCAUUUGUAAAAUAUAUAUAUGUAGCAUUUAACAUACUAUUACAGAUGUUAUGACUUCUUUACCAUAAAGUUACUGUACCACUGAAUGUCAAUAUGUUUUCUUUUGUGGAUUUCAGGUAUCCAUUCAGUUCAGAUCAAGACUUGCCAGAGACAGACUGGGAAGUAUAUGUAAAGGAGACUGCUAAUGCUGUUGUCAGUCAACAAACACCACAAAGGUAACUUUUGAUACUGGCCUUUAUUAGUUGUAAAGUGUUUAAUUAGCUGUUACUUUCCUUACGACUCUUAUUAAAUGUAUUAAGAAGCAUUGUGUGGUGUCAUGUAGAAGGAUACAUUGUGUUCUGUCCCUUCAAUUCCAUUUGGAGCCAGACAACAUAUGACAUACCUCUCUUUCAUACAGGUUUUGCUUAUUAUCACCUCAGUAGUGACCCUGAAGACAAAUUCCUAUUGUAUCUUGUAAUAUCCUUUUUGCAGUUUGCAUAUAUUGAUUCUUGGAUUGUGGCACUUUACCAUUUUCUCCUCUUGUACAAACUCCAUAAUUAUAUCAUAGCCAUACGGUAUGUAGUCUGAAGAACUAGAAAAAUGGAUAUUCUGUUUGACACCCUUGAUUUAGUCUGAUGACAUGCCACAAAAAUGAGGUUUUAAAUGGAAAGACUUGUCUCUUCUGCUUUUUUUUUUAUUUUUUAGCAGUAUGUAUUUGAGCCUUUGAAUACUGGAGGCACUGACACUUUCCUAAAUCAUGUUGUUUAAUUGCAUAUUUGCUCAUAAUCCAUGUGACUCCAGUGUGUCAAGAACUCAUGUGUACCAAAUUAUUAUUAAUUGCGAAUAUUUUAUCUUUAAAAAGGAGUACAGUGCAAAUGAUCAAUUUUGGCAAUAUAAAAAUUGGGUCUGUUUAGAAUAUAGGGGAAGAAUCAUGAAACCUUUUUAUUCUGGGAGAUGUAUAGAUACGUUUAAUUUUUUUUUUUUUUACUACAGUUAUAUGAAUGGGGACAGUGUUGUGGUUUGACUGUUGCAUGGUACAGAAUUUUGUACAUUUAAAAAAAAUAAUAAUAAAAAAAACUGCACGUGCAACCCUGUAAUAAAGUGUACUAUCUUGUCAGGUAUGAAAAAAUCACUUGGAAAUCCAUAUUACAUAAUUUACAAUAUGUUUGAUUUUUAUCAGGUUGCUCGAGGUUCGUGGUCGUCUUUAUGAACUUUUGACUCAUUGUAUCCCACCGGAGAUCAUAAUGAAGGUACAAUUAUAAUUACAUAUUCUGGACUACAUGUUGUAGCUCUCAGAUUUGUAUGAAAGCAAUCCUGACCGCAAAGGCUUCAUUUCCAUGCCACAAAUUUUACUGUAAAAUCAAUGUAAUCACUUAAUGAAUCUUUACUAUAACUUUAUAGUUUUGUUAAACCAAAGACCAACAUUUGACGAAUUACUUCUGUUCAUUGUGUUUUUGUCCUAGCAUAUUAUUGUAGAUGGGCUUUUAUGCAGAAAUAAUUCUAAUGACCUUGCUGUAAUCUUUACAAUGCUAACACAUACUUGCUCUGUUUGUUUUUCAGUCCUUGCUCUCUGAGCUGCUCAAUAACUGUGAUGGACAAAUGAAGGGUGAGGUGGUGCAGAUGGCCGCUUACUAUGAACAUCGAUUGCAACUUGGAAGCAAAGCCAUAUAUCAUCUGGAAGCUUUUGUCGCCAAAUUUAUGGCCAUUUAUAAGCGGUUUAUGGAAGAUGGACUUGAAGCUAUGAUGUUCUAACCUACCAUUAUCCAUUUUUAUGUUUUUGUCCCGGUUUUGUGUUUGCUUAGUUCAUAAAAUAACAGUGCAAGCUGUGAUUGAAUUAAGUCUGCAACUGAUCAUCUACCAGCUGCUAAAAGAUCUGCCAGAUGGACACUUACUGAAUUUCUCUGAUCAUUACUCUGCAGAAACUAAAUAUACACAGAAUGUUUUGGUAGAUUUCUUGUGAUGCUUUAUAUUCCUUCACACUUUAUUUUUACAUUUAAUUGCAUCAGUCAAGCUCAAAACGGAUUGUAGUGGAGAACAAAAAGUUUAACCCUGGUGUACUAUGAGGAGCAGAAAACUGCCACUCAUAUCAAUGAAAGUUUGCUUAGCAUCUCACAAGUGACAUUUUCAACUAUGGCGUUUACCUAUGUAUUUAAAAUAGAUCACGGCUUUGUGGAUGAAUGUUUGUGCUGAGAGCAUAUUUAAAAUGUUCAGUUCCAGAAGACUUGCAGUAAAACCGGUCCACUUAACUCUAUAAAUGAACUGCCAGUGCUAUAAAUAGUUCAAAUAAAUAUUUACAACAAAUGCUUUCAUUCUACUACCUGACACAUUUUGACAAGUAUAUGGAUUGCUAGACUAUCAACAGCACCCUAACUUGAAUAUCACACUUGAUGUUAUUUUUUGGAAAACUAUUGUAAAAAUUAUUUUUGUACCAAGUUAACAGAAACCUUGCUCCUCUGUAAACGUUGACUGUUAUUUCUUCUACGUACGUGUAAAUCAAGUUAAGGGUAAUUUGCUUUCCAUUUUGGCUUUCUUUUCAUUGUCAAAAUCUGCUAUAUCAAACAACUCAUGUGUAAUGAGAGAAUACAACGGUCACUGAAUUAAUAAAUUAAAUUGAUUCCCUUUUCUCAUCAAUACUGACCCUACAAUAAGACCUAAGAUGAUGUAUCUCUUGCAGGUUUUAGCUGUAAAAGCACAUUACUACACACCUUGUGAUUUAUAUAUAGAGGAUGCUAAUUGACAUAUAUCAAGAUUUUGUGUUGUGCACAAGGGCUGCUGCACCUUGUGGGCAAGUGAUAGCCUGACUGUGUAACUCACACACCUUCCUAAUCAUGAUACAAGCAAUAUAUUGGCAAACCAGUGACCAGGAGGUGCUUCUACUCCUCUAUAUGAAUCUAUUUUCCUGUAGCUUGUCUAAGGUCCUG